AUGGAUCAGUUGGUUGUCGUUUGGCGUGCAAGGGAGUUUCCUCGUCGCAAAAACUAGACUUUCCCGGCUUUGGUUUGCCCAAGCAGUGGCACUUGAGGAGAACUUUUUCACUUAUCUCUCGGCAGAAAGUUUGAAUCGCUCGCAGAGAGCUUCUGCUCUUGAAUGGUGAGUAGCUGAGAUCGAGGAGUGAAGACAUUGUGUAUGUGUGUGAUGAAUUAGAGUUGAACAUUGUUUGAGAGGUGGAGUUGGAAGUUUUGGGUGGAGGCGAAAGUGCUUGGAAGGCGACGAGAAGCUGCCAAAAGGGGCAAAAGAUAGAUAGGGAGAAAGUGCGAAGCGCAGAGUGUCAAGUGCUGCACAAUGUGACUCUGGGAUUUGCUAAGAUGUGCCCUAGAAAUAUGGAUAUUUUGUGUGUUUUUGUGAUUAAAUCCUCGACGGGGUGAAGCGGUGGUUGGGAAAUUGGGGGAAAAUGUGAAAAAUGAAUGAAUAUGACAUAGCAGCUGGAAAUCACUUUUCCAUCUCACUCACGCAAUAACGCGAGUAAUCCCGAUGAUGGAAGGCAGCGAGUGACUUUGAGGCAUAUUUCUGAAAGAUUAUAUCAUAAUUGGAUAUGGCGACACAUAAUAGACAUAUAAUAGCACAAAUUGGAUCGGGAAUGAGUCCCAUUUUGCCAUUCCCUCCAUCAGCGACUCCAUGUGAUGUGUAAUUGAAAAAUUUAUUGAAAUAACUCGCGCCGUAUUGAAGCACAUAUUGCGACUCAACACUCUACCCAAAUGGAUGCGGAACAAUUUCAAUUUCCAUCGUGAGUGCUAAAAUAGACAAAUUGUGGCGAAAAAUUGAUGGGGAGUCGGGCUUUUUAGCGAAAUAAACAUAAAUCUACUGGAGAAACAACGCGUCAUAGAAUAUGAAAGCGACUCUGAGCGGGAUUUCACGUUGGAUUGCAACUGAGUGAGUGAUUUCGCAGGUGAAUUUGCAGUAAACUGACGUGGUGGAAGAUGCAGAGCAAUCAAAAUGCUUGUGAUUGUAAUUGUUGGGGACGAUGUGGCGGAGAACAUUUCUCACCCCCAAUCGUCACUGUGAGGAUGCGUGGUUCUCUAGUCAACACAAUGUCAAGCCAGUCGUCAUCCACAGUCAUGAAACGAUGGCCAAAUUGUCAUGUGGCAGCAGCAAAGUGGAUCAGAAUAAUUCUACUGAGUCUCCUCUUUCGCUACAGCAAUUGUCUUGCAGCGAUUCACGACUUUCCGAAAGGUACAAAUGCUGGUGCUGUCACGGAUGUGAUGCCACAGACGCUAUCGGUGGGCCACAACAUAACAAAUCGCUUCAUAAAGAAUGUGUCAAUCAGCUAUAGUUACACGCCGAAGAACAAGACGAACGCCAGAAUAGACUUCUCACUGGGACUGACCAAUGGGUCAAUUUCCGGUGCAAGGAUGCAAUCGACCGUGGCGAGUGACAGAGGCGCGGGUGGCAGGAGACGAGCGGACAACAGCACGAACGGCAAACAGCAAGAAAUUAGUUUAGAAAAUAUGGAUAAACAGGAGAAUCAAUUGGGAAAUAGUGAUGACAUUCACAGUUCCGGGUCGAUUAAUGGGAAUAGUGAAUUGGAAGAAAUGUCCUUCGGUACACAGAACUACACCACAGUAACGACACAAAUCGGAUCAACAUCCACAAUGUUGACCUGCACUGUGCACAACAUCGGUGAAGGAGUGGUGUCUUGGAUCCGGCGGAGUAAGGACGAUUAUCACUUGCUCACAGUGGGCAUGACAACUUACUCCAGUGACGAACGCUUCAAUGCCAUCCACAGAGACGACUCUGACGAGUGGACUCUGCAAAUAAAAUUUGUCCAGAUGAGAGACUCGGGCGUGUACGAGUGCCAGGUUUCUUCGCAUCCCCCAUCGUCGAUUAUGAUUCAAUUAGAUGUUGUGGAGGCGAGAGCCGAGAUUACUGGCCCAGCUGAGAAGUACUUGAAGCCCGGCUCGACCUUAAGACUCGCUUGUCGUGUGCAGCAGAGCACUGAGCCUCCAUUGUACAUUUUCUGGUAUCACAACAAUAGAAUGAUUAACUAUGACUCGGAUCGGGGUGUUAAUGUGACUACAGAAGCGGACAAUCGGUAUUCUGAGUUACUCAUUGAUCAGACGUCCUACUCACAUGCCGGCAACUAUUCGUGCGUACCCAACAGUGCCGUCCCAGCCAGCACAGUGGUGCACAUAUUCAAUGGUGAAAAUCCGGCCGCCAUACAUCAUGUUGGUCAUGGUUAUCCAGUUCUAUCUUCAGCCCCGACGCGACUUGUCAUACUCACCGUUGUCAUAUUAAUUCUCAUUUCGUAAAAAGGCGAGAGAGAGAGAGAGAGCGAGAGAGGCGACGGAUAAGGAAAAUGUGCCCUCCACUGUGACCCACAGCAAUUUUUCUCUCAACAUCCGGCAACUGGACACAUUGUUGCAGCAUUAAUUAAGAGACAUGCCCGGUCAGGCAUUGAGAUAUCGCUGAGAUUCUUCAACUUUUUCCCCGUCUUGAAUCUCCGUCUCGGACAGUGACAAGUGAGUGAACAAUUUAAGAUUAUACAAAGUGAAAAGAAUAGUUGGUAAUGUUUGUACCUCGGAGAAUGUGUAUAGCAUGUAAGACAGUGAAAUUGAUAGGGCAGCGUUAAGAGUUAUCAGCAGUGAAUUUUACUAUGUAUUCCGUAGUAAUGAACGUCAAAGGAAUAAAGCACAAAAUAAUAGACAGAAUAAUGCUUCAUUCCAGCACUGAAAUAUUUUCUAAUGUCUAGAGAAAGUAUCAAAUGUCUUCUGUAUCAGUUGAAUGAUUUUAGCUAAAGAUGUAAAAGAAAUAAUAGAUGUUUCAACAUUCUUAUUCAUUGAGUCGUGAUGACGACAUUUGUAUUACAAAGAAUCGCUGAAAUCUACAGUUUUUCCCUUAAUUAUAUACACUUAAGGCUUUUAAAAUAGUUUAGACAUUUUUUAGUUAUCUGUUAGUGCUGGAAUAAGAAUUUCAAUUGAGCCAUAAAUAAAAUGAUAUUCAAAUUUUGUAUGAAAAAAAUAGAAAAAACUAUCAGAAAUUAUCCUGUUCCAUAAUACAUAUACAAUAUUAUUUCUAAAAAAACAUAGGAGAAAAUAAAUUGAAUGUACAAGAUAAAGAUCAAGUCCGUGUAAAUAUAAAUGUAUGAGCGUGUUAAUAAAAAAUGCAUAAAACUAUAAUUUCACGUUAGAGACCAAAUACUGUACAUACUCAAAAUCAUUGAAAUCAAAUAAACUUUAUUAAUAUUAA